AUGGACUUGCAAUUUGACUUCAAGGAAGCUACAUUGAGCUUCAAGUCGAUUGUUGCUGCUGGACGUUCUGUUUCCUUUUUUGAUCGCCUCUCUCCAUGCAAUCGAUGCACGUAUUUUGGAUAUGCAGAUUGUCGCCCAAUCUGGGCUCCAAGUGGCAAAACCGGUCGUAGACCAACCUGCCAGCGAUGUUUUUCAGGCAAACAAAAGUGCUUGUACUUUGAUUCCAAUGACUCUCGUACUGGAGCGAAGAAGAUUGAGAUUGCUUUGAGCAACAACAUCCUUCUUGCCAAGAUAGUUCACUGUCUUCAGCGCGAGUUCAAGGCGUUUGACCAAGCUCGAAGGGCUCAAAUCGCAGCUUACGAUUCUGGCCGGCUCAUCUGGCAGGAUAUCCAAGAGAGUCAACGCCUGCUACGGGCCGCUGGUCGUGAUCCAGUAGAAGUUUUGAAGGGUCUUCAAGACGAUGAAGACUUCAAAAUGACUGCAGAUCAAGUCAAGGCUCUCGGUGAGGUCCUUGGCUGGCCCAUUGCUAGUAGCUCGGCUCCUGUGGUCACCGACAAUCUACACUCACCUCCUAUCGAAGAUGAGACUGAGGAGUCUGCUCCUCUUCAAUCUACGGAACCCCUGCCUUCAUUACCUGAAGAGAUUUUAGUUCCCGUAGCCGCUCCUGCACCAGAGCUCGAAGUUCCUGGGGAGGCAGAGGAGGAACAGGAUCAGAGUUCUCCUUCAAAACCUUCAGUUGAACCCGCUGAGCCUAUGGGUGCCAUGCUCAUUGAUGAUGAAGCAGAGGAAGCCAGGACUGACCACGAUUCAAGCGCUGAUGAGGGAGACAUUGAAGUCCCCACCAACCUCAGUAAGCGUAGAAUGAAGCGCAAGCUGUUCUGGGCUAAAAUGCCACAAGAAGGCCAAGCUCCGAAAGAGGGCGACUUGAAUAAGGACUUCUACGGGAUUGAUUUCCUACAAUUACUGUAG